GUCUUGAUCAAGAAGCAGAUCUACCCAUACUACAGAAGCAGUUACCACUUAUCGAGACAGCUAUCUGCACGCUACUGAAAGGAUAGGAUACACAUAGGAUCUUCUGAAUUGUUGUAAUUCACAAACUAAACUUGCCUGAUUGUGAACAAUAUUCAAGCGUAAUGGCUUCAUUACUUAUAAGGGGAGUGUUUAAAACGCGCCCUAUGCUAUUGUUGACGAAGUGUGAAACUUCCAUAUUGUCCUAUGAGAAUUUUUCUCCUAAAAAACAAAUUAAAAAGUUUUUUUACUCACAAACAAUAAAACAACAUGAAGUAAAAAGUUUCAACAUGCAUCAAAGAGACCAAGUGUCAAGAGAAAUUUAUUUUUUACUUAGUAAAAUACUCAAGUGCAGCCAAGAUGAAGUUGAAUCACUUACAAGAAAACAUCCACGUUUGGAAACAAUGUUUCUCCAACUGUUAGAGGAACAAGUAAACUUGCUGUUGUCUUACAAUUUACCUUUGUCUCUGAUUACAAAAAAUGUUAGGCCAUUGCUAAACACUUCACACGAUGAACUUAGCAGGAGGUUGGAGCUGUUACAGGCUAGAUCCUUGUUGACUGACAAUCCUGUUAGAAGUCAGGACAGAGUUUUUGAUUCUUUAGAAUGGCGUAUCGAAAACUUUGAUAUUGUUCACAAGAACAUGUGUGAUGAGCUUGAUGCAUUAGAAGAAUGUGCCAAUAAAUUUGAACGUAUUGCUGAAAUAUUUCGUUGCAAUCAAAAGGAUGUUGAUUCACUUAUUACUCAACAUCCAUAUUUGGGAGCCAUGUCUAUACCACUGCUAGAGCAAAAAGUAAACUUGCUGUUGUCUUACAAUUUACCUUUGUCUCUGAUCACUAAAAAUCCGAGACCUCUGUACAUUUCACACGAGGAACUUAACAGGAGGUUGAAGCUGUUACAUGCUAGGUCCUUGUUGACUGACAAUCUUGUCAGAAGUCAGGACAAAGUUUUUAAUUAUUUGGCAUUUGAUGGCAAGGAAUUUGAUAUUGCAUACAGAAACAUGUGUGAUGAGCUUGAUGCAUUAGAAGGAUGUGCCAAUACAAAAAAAAUUACAAAAAAUGUUAGGCCAUUGCUCCAUACUUCACACGAGGAACUCAGCAGGAGGUUAAAGCUGUUACAGGCUAGGUCCUUGUUGACUGACAAUCCUGUCAUAAGUCAGGACCAAGUUUUUAAUUAUUUGGGAUGUGAUGGCAAGAAAUUUGAUAUUGGAUACAAGAACAUGUGUGAUGAGCUUGAUGCAUUAGAAGGAUGUGCCAAUAAAUCUGAACGUAUUGCUGAAAUAUUUCAUUGCAAUCAAAAGGAUGUUGAUUCACUUAUUACUCAACAUCCAAGUUUGGAAACCAUGUCUAUACCACUUCUUGAGCAAAAAGUAAAAUUGCUGUUGUCUUACAAUUUACCUUUGUCUCUGAUCACUAAAAAUCCGAGACCUCUGUACAUUUCACACGAGGAACUUAGCAGGAGGUUGGAGCUGUUACAGGCUAGAUCCUUGUUGACUGACAAUCCUGUCAGAAGUCAGGACAAAGUUUUUAAUUAUUUGGGAUGUGGUGGCAAGCAAUUUGAUGUAGGAUACAAGAACAUGUGUGAUGAGCUUGAUGCAUUAGAAGGAUGUGCCAAUAAAUCUGAACGUAUUGCUGAAAUAUUUCAUUGCAAUCAAAAGGAUGUUGAUUCACUUAUUACUCAACAUCCAGAUUUGAGAAGCAUAUCUGUACCACUGCUAGAGAAAAUAGUACAGCUGUUGUCUUUGUCUCUGAUCACAAAAAAUGUAAAGCCAUUGGAUAAAUAUUCUGUGUGUAAAUUAAAACAGAGAUUGGAAUUAAUGCAGGCUGCAGGUAUACCGGUCGAUAACUACUUAAAGCUUUGUGAGAAAAAUGAAACUUACAAGAGAUUGAAUGCAGAUCUUGUUGCUUUAGGAGGCUGCAAAACAGAAAGUGAAUAUUUACAAAAGAGACUAAAAAUUUCUAAAGAAACAGCUGAUAAAUUUCUCUCGUCUACUAAGCUAAAUGGCACCAGUAUCAGCAAGAUAAAAUCUGUUCUAGAUUUCUUUGAUGUCGGAGAUUAAAAUGCAUCCAGAAUACAUUUUAAAACACCCGAGUCUAUUUAAACUUUCUGUCUCUGAGUAGCGUCAACGUUUUAAAACACCCGACUAGUUUGUUGGUUUCUCAUCAAUAUUUCCCAUUACGUCCGCAAUGGAACAGGAUGUCAACUCACAUCAUAAUUUUGUCUGUAUUUGGUUUUUGUUUAUAUUGAUUUUAGUUUCGUGUAGCCUAUUCAUUUAGUCACAACUUGUUUAUGUUGUGGUUAACUUUUUGUUACAAGGCUGUUGCUGUAAAUUGGUACUUGAAUACAGAAUAUUAGAAUUGUACCCGUUAGAAGUUUAUCUAUGUAAAGAUUAUGCUUUGCCUUAUGUUAGAUAAUGCGACGUGUUUACUAUAGUAGAUCAUUCAUGUAACUGUUGGCUGACUGGGAACAUGAUCAUCUAUGGAGAUGUGAUGCCGUGUAAAUAGGCUUACAUUGAUUGGAGACUCCAUACUGUUGUCUCCACAAAAAAUAUGAGUAUGCGUGCAGAUUUGUCUUGUUAGCAGAUUGGUGUCAUGUUAGCAGGCUGGUGUCUUGUCAGAUGAUUGGUGUCUUGUCAGAUGAUUGGUGUCUUAUCAGAUGAUUGGUGUCUUGUCAGAUGAUUGGUGUUGUCAGCAAAUUGAUGUCUUGUUAACAGAUUAGUGUCUUGUCAGAUGAAUGGUGUCUUGUCAGCAGAUUGGUGUCUUGUCAGAUGAUUGGUGUCUUGUCAGAUAAUGGUGUCUUGUUAGCAUUUUGGUGUCUUGUCAGAAAAUUGGUGUCUUGUCAGCAGAAUGGUGUCUUGUUAGCAGAUUGGUGUCUUGUAAGCAUAUUGGUGUUUUGUUAGAUGAUUGGUGUCUUGUUAGAUGAUUGGUGUCUUGUUAGCAUGUUGGUGUCAUGUUAGCAUGUUGGUGUCUUGUUAGCAGAAUGGUGUCUUGUUAGCAGAUUGGUGGUGUCUUGUCAGCAAAUUGAUGUCUUUUUAACAGGCUGGUGUCUUGUUAGCAGAUUGCUGUCUUUCCCAUAGGUCGUUGUUAGACUGACAAAGAU